CAUUUUCUGCAACAAAAAAUUUGUACAUCCGUGGUCACAGACUAAUGUAAACACACAUUGCCUACCUUUGCUAGAAAGAUGGUGUUGCUGUUUGCUAUGGUCAUAAUGUGCAGAUCCUGCAGCCAUCCGCAGUAAAACUGUUCGUAGCUUUGUAGCGAUUUGUGGUUUUGGAAUUGCUGAUGAGUGUAGUAACUUACACCAAACACUAAAUACAGCAUGAUGUCCAUUUCGCGUAGUGGUGGAAGCUUGUCGACAUUUUUAUUCCAUUUGUGUUCGGCUUGCUCGUGAGGGUCAACAUUGUUCACAUCCUUAAAAUUGCUCACAUAUCUGUCCUUCGCCGUGGUAACAAGUUUGUCUCUGUAUCGAACUGGCAAGUUUUCCCUACAUUUUUCCAUCUUUGACACUCGUAGUUGAAUUGUAUUUGCAGUUAAGUUUAAAUGUCCCGUGAUGCAGACGUGCUUCCGAAAUGGCUGCGUUGUCGCAAAUCUCGCACGAUCCCGUGCUGCUGUGACGUAAACGCUCGAGCCUAAUUGAUUUUGGUCGCGGGAAUGAGGCCAAAUUUCAUUUUACGUUCGGCGUGGUACUACACCUUUAUUUUGAAAAUGGAUUUUAUUUUGCAAAAAGCUCGCCGGAAGUCAGUGCCCUUUUCUCCUGGUGGUGAGUGAUGCUGGGCUCUCGAGGCUAAGGAUGCAGCUGCCAGCAGAGGGGCGGAUGGAGGAAAAUGGAGAGGUGACCGGAGAGAGGUGAAAAAGAUGAACGACUCGGAAAGGGUCACGGGUGCUGAUGCCAAUGCGUCAAACCGCCGGCCAAACUCCUUUUUGGACGCUGCGUUCGGUCGUCUGACGCAACGAUACCUCAGGCCUUCGAUUGUUGAUGCCCCGAAUAUCUCCUUAACACUGAGAGUUGCCUAAAGAUGCUGUCCACAAUUUGAUGCAAAUUUCAACAGUGUGAAGAAAUAAUUUCUCUGUCACCAUUUUAUUCUUACGUAAAUACGUCAUGGCAAAGCACAGCGAACUGUGACAUGGAUUUAGCCGUCAUUUUAGCACGAUCGCAACCUCCGCGCGCUCCAGUGUCACCGUAAAUACAGUGGGAGCUCAUUUUGAACGGCAACAACCAUAAUCUUAAAGUCGCAACGAUGCUGUGUUUCAACAUGGAGUCGUUCAGAGUGCGACCUCGCUUGUUAUCAGCGUUUCUGGCCUGGACAGUACUGUGUCAGCUCGGCGACGGUCAGUUGGCUCCGGACGCCUCGGGCCUGCCCGGAGCUAUUCGCCUUCCUCUUAGCCAAGGAGCUCGCAUCGAAUCACCGCCGACGCCGCUUGAGCGCAGUCACGGGGGGAGGCUGAGUCGUCGCUGGCGGAGAGCAGUGACAGCCAGCGGUAUCAGCUUUGUGGACAUGGUCGAUAACCUGCGUGGAAAGUCCGGGCAGGGCUACUACGUGGAGAUGGCGGUGGGCUCUCCUCCGCAAAAACUGAACAUCCUGGUGGACACAGGAAGCAGCAACUUUGCCGUUGGAGCAGCUUCUCAUCCAUUCUUGGGCAGAUACUACCACCGUUCACUCUCGACUUCUUACCAUGACCUUGGGAGGAGCGUGUAUGUUCCAUAUACCCAGGGUCGAUGGGAAGGCGAGUUGGGUACAGAUGUAGUCUCUGUUCCUCAUGGUCCUAAUGCCACCCUCCGAGCCAACAUCGCCGCAAUCACCCAAUCUGAUCGCUUUUUCAUCAACGGAUCCAACUGGGAAGGAAUCCUUGGACUGGCCUAUGCUGACAUAGCACGGCCUGAUGAGAAAUUGGAGCCUUUUUUUGACUCCCUGGUUCGCCAGACGCCUGUUCCCAAUCUCUUCUCUCUUCAGCUUUGUGGGGCUGGCUUUACCCAAAAGGACUCACUGGGCAGUUCUUUGGUUGGCGGAAGCAUGAUCAUUGGAGGCAUAGACACAUCCCUCUAUGUGGGGAAGCUUUGGUAUACUCCGAUCCGUAGGGAGUGGUACUAUGAGGUCAUUAUUGUGCGUAUUGAGGUGAAUGGACAGGACCUGAACAUGGACUGUAAGGAGUACAACUAUGAUAAGAGCAUUGUGGACAGUGGCACCACCAACCUUCGACUGCCCAGAAAAGUUUUCCAGGCUGCUGUCAAGGCUAUUGAAGCAGCUUCUUCAACAGAACAGUUUCCACCUGAGUUCUGGGUAGGCGAACAACUGGUGUGUUGGCAGGCGGGUACUACACCUUGGCAUAUCUUCCCAGUCAUCUCCCUCUACCUAAUGAGUGAAAACCGUAACCAGUCCUUUAGAAUCUCCAUCCUGCCCCAGCAAUACCUGCGGCCAGUUGAGGAUGUAGCUUCUGCUCAGGAAGACUGCUAUAAGUUUGCAGUGUCCCCAUCUAGUACUGGUACAGUGAUGGGGGCAGUCAUCAUGGAAGGCUUCUACGUGGUUUUUGAUCGAGAGAAGAGCCGAAUUGGUUUUGCUGUGAGCACAUGCCACGUCCAUGACAAUCUUCGCACAGCUUCUGUGGAAGGGCCAUUCUACGGUAUCGACCUGGAGGACUGUGGCUACAACAUCCCCCAGACAGACGAGUCCACUCUUAUGACUAUUGCAUACAUAAUGGCGGGUAUCUGUGCUCUAUUCAUGCUGCCACUGUGUCUCAUGGUGUGCCAGUGGCGCUUUGCUCGCUGCCUUCACCCGCAGGGGGACUUCUCUGAUGACAUAUCACUUCUUAAGUGACUUGGUGAACUGGAGGCCAAAGGGAACCAUGGCGCCCUCGACCUGAAACAAAUUGAAAAAAAAAAAAAAGACAUUUUUACAAUGAUACAAAGGGAAAAUAUUUUUCAGCAAUAUAAACUGGAAAAUAGAAGCGGAUGUGAAGUGAAUAUACUAUUACACACUUGGACUCUUCAUUUGGUACCUGGAUUCCUCCAUUUUUAUGGCACUUUGGUCAUGCUGGAUGUUAUUGCAAUGCUAAGAGAAGCUGCUGUGCUGUUGCUGAAACCUGGGGGCCAUUUGUGUGGCAAAGCAAAAAGGUUAAAGAGGCAUUUGUGGGGGUAAAACUGAACCGUUUAGAUAUGUGUCUUAGCUUAAGGUACAGAUGGCAAAAAUGGUGGCAAAACAUUAUAUUACAUUCAUCUCAGACUUUUUACUUGUUCUAAUGUGGUGCAGAACAAAUGUAACGGUUCCAGUUUCAUAUGGGCUGGUAUGCAAAUCAGCUUAACGUAAAUGAACAAGGGCCAAAAAAUAUCCCAGAAAUGGAAAUGGAUGGCUUUCUUUACCAAUUAUCCAUAAUUUGAAUUUGUAACUAUCAGAUGUAUUUGCUGGGGAACCAAAAAAAAAUAUAUGUAACAGCUUCACACACUGAAUUGACGUGGAUGUUUACACAGUUUCUGAAGCCAUAAUUAAGAUCGUGGGCAACAGCAUGAUUAACUAAAUGUGGUUUUGGUGUGUGUAUUUUUUUAUAGAUCUACUGUAAGUUGCUAAUGACGAAAAGGAAUGAAAUUUGAGCAUGUCAGCGUGUAUGCGGUCACGUAUAGUCAUAAAAAGCAGACAGAUUAUAGCAAAUUAAAGUACUAACACUAUAAUAUCAUCUAUUAGAAUGACACUAUUUCGCAAUCUCCACCAAAGAAUUGUUACCAUUUAAGGGAAAUUAUGUAUUCUUAAAAGGUCUGAUAGUAUAUCAGUCUAUAAUCAUUUUUGCUUGAAACUACUGAACAUCAUGUCAGUAUCUGAUGUCACUUAUUGUACUGUAAUCGCAAGUGUCUCUUGUACAGAGGAUUGUUUUACAAUUCUUCAGUUUGUGCUGAAAUACAUAUUGUUAUUGUUGCAAAGAAACACUGCAUCAUUGCACAUCAUAAAUGCUGUAUGUUAAAUGUUACCUAUGUAAAACACAUAGGGCUUUAUUCACGAUCACACAGGAAAAGAAUGACUUAAAAGGCCCUGAAACCAGCUCCGGAUACUGUUGUUCUGAAGAAGUCCUAAUGUACACAAGGUGUUUUUUGGCACGGCAAGAAAUGUGUGCAGUCACAGCAUAUGCAAAGCUCAGACAUGCAAAUAUUUGAAAUAAAUAAGAAUUGGAAACUAUCAUAUUUAAAGGUAAUGUCUUGUGGCAUCGUCCUUACCUAAAUGACAUGACAAUGUUUGAAAUAAUUAUUUGAAGCGAUUAUAUUUUAGAUUAAAGUCUUUGUGACACCAUCCUUACCCAAAUUCACGUGAUCUCUAAGUGUAUAUGUCGCCUAGCUGUGUAUAACUUGUAAGGACAUUUGGUGUUCCAAUCUGACCCCUAAAAUAUUUAUAUGUAUUUCUAUACACACAUUUUGACGUUUUAUAUAAAAAAGUAUAAAGGAUAUAAACCCCACCUUUUUUUUUUU